UACAGUGGGCACUUGCCUUUCCACCGAGAAACCCUUGCUGGAGGAGGUGCAGGGUUUUGCCAGGUGAUAAUCACAACCCCUAUGGAAAUGCUCAAAAUACAACUACAAGAUGCAGGCCGGAAAAAAGCGCUUCUCCUCAAACCAAACGGCGUCGGCUCCGUCUCCGUCAACGACCUCACAGCCUCAGGCAAACUCAACCCAGUACUUGCCCGCUCCUACUCGGCGAACACCCGGACCGUCCCGUCCUCGGGCAUGGCCAUCGCACGGGACCUGAUCCAGACGAAGGGUUUCUUUGGUCUUUACAAGGGUCUUGGAGCCACCAUGAUGAGGGAUGUCCCGUUUUCAGCGAUCUACUUUCCAUUCUUUGCACAUCUCAAUGCCUUGGGCUUCCAAUCAGAGACGGGGAGAGCUAGUUUCUUACAUUCGUUCGUAUCAGGGUGUAUAGCUGCCUCAACAGCUGCUGUCUCAGUCAACCCCGUAGAUGUUAUCAAAACCAGACUACAACUCCUAGAGCACGCAGAGGGCGAGGAGACCUACACCGGCGUCCGGGACUGCUUCACCAAGAUCCUCAAGAACGAAGGACCUCAGGCUUUCUUCAAAGGCGCCACCUGCCGAAUCCUCGUCAUCGCACCCCUCUUCGGCAUCGCCCAGUCAGUCUACUACUUUGGCGUCGGCGAGUACGUCGUCGACCGCUUCAACGGGCUGACGUUCUGAGGAAGCGGCUCGGAUGCUGUCAUCGCCUCACCUUGCUUCAUGAUCAUCUACGCUUGUGAUUGUCGUCAUGCUCUGGCACACUGCCAUCUUGAUCUGAUUUCCUCAUCAUAUGGUGAUGUAUGUUGAUCUACAGAAAGCCGACUCCUCCAGCUUUUGAAACCUCAGUCUUUGAUGUUAAACAGUAUUAAUAUUAUAAGGAUACUAUGGGAGUUUGGAACUUGAUCUGUGGUUUAAAUCCUAAUUUUGCCAUGUACAUCAAACUUGUUUUGGUAAUCAGAAUAGAAGGGGUUUUAGAUGAUUGUGAAGUUGUAGGUUAAAGGUGAGAUGUCUGGUGCAAUUAUUCUUUGUCAUCGAAAAUGGAUGAGGUGGCAAAGAGACGUGAUAUUUAUAAGUGUGUGAUUCAAUCAUCAGCUCUAUCACCGGUAGGCCAUUAGCUGCGUGUCGUUUGUGACUUUCAACCUGUUAUGUGUGAUUCAAAUAAUCAGCUUUAGAACCAGAAGGGCGCAAGUCACAAAUAACAUGCAGCCAGUGCCCUCCUGGCUCUGACAAGCUUUGUUGAUUUUGAUUAGAGUAGACUCCAUCCCUUUAAUGUGGGUUCUCUUUAGAGUUGCAUAGAAACACUUUCACAGUGAUUCCUUUAGAAGUGCAUUCUAAAGUUGGCUAACUUACACAGAUCUACAUAUAUGGGACUGAACAUUCUCAUUUUGUAUGGCAAGUUUUGUCACACCUAUAGAGCCAAGUCCAAUGAAAUGUAGGAAAGCGUACUUGUAUUGUCAGUAUCAAUUUUCUUAUCAAGUCAAGAAUUGGUAUGAAUCGGAGGAUUUAUCCUGACGUGAAGCAACAUCAGUGCAUUUUCAAAAAUUUAUCUUUUAACUUGCUUCCAUUUCAUUCCAUGCUCUUGGAUUACAGAGAAAUGGACUAAAGGAAAAUAAUUUCCAGCACAACAUCAAUUAUGAGAAUAGUUAUGGGAGAUAUCAACUCUAAAAAAUGCAGUUUGCAGAACUUCUGUAGAUUAUUAUUACAGAAUUAAUUGAUUCUAGUACAACUCAGUAUUGUAUUGAACAAUUUUUUUAUUUAAUUGAUCUAUUUAUUUUUAUUUUGAUGAUAUGGAUGAUAAGUGCUUACAUGACAACAGUAUUUUGUGUUUUUGUUUCACUCUGUUCACGCAUGAAAGACAAUCCAUUUAUCAGUUAAUAAUGGGUUAAAAAUUUAAUCUUGUAUGGAGUUUUAAAAGAUUGUGACACAUUUUGUUUAAUUUAAUUUUGGCCCAUAAUUUCUUUACUUAUAAAAGUAUUGUUUAUUUCAUGAAUUCAUCCAUCUACAAACCAAGAUGAAUAUAUGUAUCCAAUAAUUGUAAUAGAGUUUCAUUGCAACAUGUAAAGCUUAUAACGAAGACUGAAUCAAUGUGUGACAAGUCUUCGUAAGUGGAUCUUUUCCAGAUAUUUUAUUAAUAUAAAUGGGCUUCAGAUUAGCCUUAACUUGUAGAUAGCAGAAGUAUGUCAUCACGGCAAUUCAUUCCUAUAGUAUACUGAUAUUGGUUGUUGUAGCCAUUUUGAGUAGCCUGAUGACAUCGGUUAAAGCGACCUUUCAUUGACAAAUCAUGGGGAAAUCAAGGCUUAUCUCUGAACAGAGAAGGGAUUCAAGUCUUUCACUCGGCUACAUGCCUGGGGGUGUUAUGUAACAGACGCCGGCAUGUCUGAGACGUCUAUAUGAGAGCAAUAGUUUAUAGUAGACUAACCAACCAACUGCGUGUUUUCACUUUGAAACAUGUAACUUCACAGAGGUUAUUUAUUUUGGUUUAGCAAUCAAGAGACCUGCUCUGAGUCUAGGAAUUGGGAUUGUUGGAAACUGGAACUGCGAUGAUCCGAAGUAAAUAACCAUCACGAGUUCGGUCAAAUUAGUGCUGUCCGAACUUUUAUCGCAUUAGUCCGACGGGUGCUCAUGACGGACUGAUUAUAUUAUGCAAGUCAAUUGGCCUUUUGCAAAUUACGUAUUGAUUCAAUUUCCCCAUGAUUUGUCAGUGGCUGGGCCCUUUAAUAAAUAUAAUUCUGAUUCUGAUGCUGCGAGAUAUUGUUAUAUCGUAUUCAUGGCUGAAAAUAUUCCUGAAAUGAUGCCAUUAUACAUUGCACCAUCUGAAGCCUGAAAUAUUUUCAAAGAUUCCGAGCGAAAAAUUUCAGGCUCGGAUAUUGGCGAUAGUUAUUUCCUUGCAUGGGUGUCAACAUCAUUUUGUGCUAUGUCGGCAAAGUAUGGAAGUCAAUGUGGUUACCUGCGCUGCACAGUUAAUGCCUGAUCUGCAGUAUUUUAAUCGUGAUUAUUAUUUGUAUGAUUUCUCUAAACUUAUUUGGGUCCACUUCUAGGUGAAGUGAAAAAAAAAGACAGGUAUGUAACAGCAGAUAUUUUUACCUCCUGUAAAAUAAAAGAAAUCAUUGAUCGCAACUAGUGCAUAAACAGCAGAACUUUGUAGGAAUUGUGGCAACUGGAGGAGAACGAAAACGGAAAGGUUUCUAGGAGAUUGAUAGAUGUAUAUUCACAUUAUAUCAGGGAGCUUUCGACAACGGUACGCAGAGAGGACUGUAGAUUUGACUAAAAAUUUGACCUGCUCAUGCCCGGUCCUUCGAAAGCUCCCAAUUUUGGCAGGAAUGAAGCAGAGUUGCCAACUUGUCCUGAUUUUCUGUAUUUAGUAAUGAAAAAUGACAAUACUGAUGGUUUCAUGCAAAACACUGAUUCCUAACGUUUCGGUUUUAUGUGUUGCCCUAUGGUAUAUCUUUGAAAAUACUGAUUUCCUUUAAUAACAAAAUACUGAUUUUCAGCUGUUAAAAUACCGAAUUGAUCUGUUCAGGUUGGCAGCUCUGCUUCUGCCAAUGAUUAUCGAUUGGUGUAGUAGACAAUGAGUAGUAGAAGGACUGUAAGAUAAGGUCCUUUUAUUUUUAUUUUUAUCUGUUCCACCUCGACUCGACUGCCAUCGCCUUUCCAUUCAUAUAACCCUCACUCCGUCCAUGCCAUCAUCAUCAUUCCCGGGGAGUGUUUCAUGAAACAAAGAGUUAUUGUUAUAAGCUACUGAAAUCCUAGCAUCUGAUUGGCUAAGAUUGCUCUCAUAAGAUUGCUCUCAAAAACUUUUCAUGAAAUGUUCCCCUUAUAUCUGUUAGGUCUGCUCAGAUGAGGAAGGGUACUUUUUAAGUUUCAUAUUUAUAAGCCCUUUUGUCUCUGAGCAGAUCAUAUUACACCAUGCGAUGUGUGUUUGACCAUUAAGUGAAACUUUCAAAUGAAAAUCUUACAAUGUUCCGGAGAAAUCCAUCACAUGUAUAGAUGUUUCAUUUGUGAUUGAUUGAUAUUCCUGACAUGAAAUGGCUUUCAUUAACAAUGUGUUGAGAAGUUGUAACUGUUGCAGUAUUAUGGGCACAAAAGGUCUCGUGUAAACUGUGCAUUCGUAAUAAUAAUAUGGUGCUCCGCUGUGUGUACAUAUUAUUGAAAAGCGUACUAUGAUCAAUUCGUGGUAUGGUAUGUUAUGCAUGUAUUCACAAUAUAUUAUGAAUAUAUUUGUGUCGCAUAAAUUCAGUCUUAAAUAUUUUGAUAGAAAUGUGUAUGGUUUCUGCCAAUGUGCAAAGUCUUUGCAUUGCUUUGUGUUAAAGCAGUUCAUAAUUUGAAAUAUUAUAAUAAUAAUAUGUCCAUUUAUAUAGCGCAGUUACUAUGUGCAUAUACUCAAUGGCGCUUUGAUACUUGGUACCAUCUUAUUACCCCGGCUGUAGCUAAGCCGCCAUAUUAAUAGGCGUUAAAUGUUCAAGGAAUAAUCCUGCCGGGUACCCAUUCACCUCACCUGGGUUGAGUGCAGCACUAUGUGGAUAAAUUUCUUGCCGAAGGAAAUUACGCCCUGGCUGGGAUUCGAACCCACGACCCUCUGUUUCAAAGUCCGGAGACUAAUCCACUGGGCCACAACACUCCACAUAUUGCUAUCCACCAAUAAAAAGAUAAAAACAACUAUCGACAAAGAAAUUGAUACCCCCAAAACUUUGAAAGUUUUUAAAACCCCCUAAACUUUUACUGUAGUUUAAGCUGUUAAUUUGAUGUUAAAUACACAUCAAGAUAUGAUUUUAAAGGAAAAAUAUAUACCCUCACUCGAUUCAUAUUUGAAGAUGUGUUGAAAUGGUAAAACUUCAUGGCAUAUUUGGCAAAGUUCUGAUUUUGACCAAGCAGAUAUGAUUCUGCUUUUAUGUAUUGGUCCACCAGCUGAGCUCCGUAUUUAUGAUAAAUGCUGAUAAAAGGGGAGUUUUUCAUGAAGUGAUUUACAUUUGAUUUUCACUGACUGUUAUAAGCUACUAAAAUCCUUCCUUCUGAUUGGCUGAAAACAACUUGUUUGUGAAAACUAAUGACAAGAUACUUCAUGAAAAGCUCUAAAAUAGUCAACUUAUUUUAUUUGGUCAUUGGUUCUUUUAAUGUUUCGCCAACUAAACAUUAUAGACUACUGUAAUUAGAAUAGAAAGGGUUAGAAAAUGGAAUAAAUUAGAUUAGAAAGGGUAGAUAGCAGAAUUGUUGUAUAAGGGUAGAAAAUAGAAUAGUUAAAUAAAGCAAUAAUGGGUCGAUGGUUGAUGUAUAUAUUGUAUGUAAAUAAGAUGUUAUUAUUUGGAGGAAAAAAAAUGAAAACUAUUAUGUGUCUUGUGAAGUACAAUGCAUCCCAUGUUAUAAACAGUAUUUCUACAUCAAUUCCCUUAUGCAAGAGAGAUGUGAAAUUUAUGUUCUAUUUGUAAGGGAAAUCCCCUUUUCACCUUGCUUCCAUUUCUCUCUCUCCUCUAUCUUUCACUUCUAUUCUCCCUCUCUUUCACUAUAUUUCUCUCUCUCUCUCAUUUUUAUCUUUUCUGUUCUUCCUCUCAUUAUAACAGUUCACCUAUCUCCUUUAUUUUACGUAUUCUUAACUAUAUAUGCCAUUCUGUAGCUGCAUAGCAGACUUUCUAAAAGUACAAUGGAAUAAUUUUCCUUUGAAGUCUGCUUCAUAGUGUAUACAGUACAUUAACUAUUAAAACUGAUCAAAAGAAUGCUAUUAUUCUUUUCAUGCAUGUAUCAUUCACCAAAGAUCGUAUGAUGUGUUACCACUCGCAUGUGAUAUCGUUGUGUCUUAAAACGUUGUGAUUUUUCGCCGAUUGGUGCUAGGGUACGCGAAUGUAAUAUUACCGUGUAUCCGACAAUACCAGGAAUUACCUUUAAAUAUUGUUCUCUCUCUCUUUAUUUUGAAGUCCAAAGGACUUUUGCUGCAUAUGCCAAGUUAAUUAUCCACAGCAAUAAAUGGGUAAAGAUUUGCGU